AUGUCGGAUGUUUCUGACGCCCUCGACCGCGUCCACCCGGACUUUCUUGACUUGUUGAUCCGCCACGAGCUCCUACCCCCUGAGGAAAGCUUCUCGGAGCCAUACCUGGCCAGGUUAAUUGCCGUUGCUCUAGAUCUUGCAGAUGAUGAUGAGCAGGCUUUCCUGGUCAGUAGGAUUAUUACCGACGAAGAGCUGGCCUUUGAGCGACUACGCAGCCCCGAAGUUCGCGAUACCAACCAUCGAAUCGUGCUGGAUCGAAUCGAGAGGAGGAUUGCUUUUCGCGACGCUGCAAAUGAUCCUGUACCUGAACAAGGGAACGGAGAAAUGUGCCUUGUCUGUACCGAGGACGCUCACUUCAGAGCUCAUUGCGGCCACCACUACUGCUACCCCUGCUACCGUGAACUCCUUCGACUCGGUCUUAGUUCUUCAGAAGGGUUUCCGCCGAGAUGUUGCGAGCCUAUCACUGAGGCGGGUGUUGCGCUUGCACGCGCCCCUGCUUUGAUUCACAUUUUCCGCCAGGUGCAAGAGGAAGCCAAUGUGCCGCUCCACGAUAGACUAUACUGCCACGCCGGCAACUGCGCAGCAUUCAUCCCACCUGAUCGUAACGGGCACUGUUUGUUGUGUGAUACGCACACAUGUCGCGGCUGCGGUGAGCAAGCUCAUCCAGGCCAGCCUUGCCGAGAGGGAGCCGCCGAGGAAGAUGUCUGGGCCACCAUGGACGCGAACCAUACUGUUAACUGCCCCGGGUGCGGCAGGAUGAUCGAGCUCUCCGAGGCGUGCAACCACAUGACAUGCGUAUGCGGCCAAGAGUUCUGUUUCAUUUGCGGUGAAAUAUGGCGUACCUGCGGCUGUCCCACAUAUGGAGGCUUUAACCUUAUGGUACCCAUGAGGGACCGUCCAGGUUUGAAGCCAGAGCAGUAUCGUCGUCGCCUACACCCUACUGAGGAGGCGGCAGCAGAUGAGGCUGAUGGGCCUGCGAGAAUUCCACAGCUACGACCUGUGCAGGGUGAGGAGAACCGUGUUCCGCCUAUAGUAGGGGGACCGCGGAGGGUCAUUCGACCUUUGGUGUUGCCCGUUCCUGAGGAAGCGCAGCAACCACAAGAGCAAGGCCGUCGUGGGGCGUAUCACGGGAGGGAACCUAAUCAUGGUGAAGGACAUCGUCAUGGGGAAAGAAAUCUUCACGGAGAAAGACAUCACCACGGAGAAAGACAUCAUCAUGGAGAAAGACAUCGCCACCAUCACGGAGAAAGACGCCAUCACGAUGAGAGGAAUCAAGAUGCAUAUGAACGUGAACGAAAUCGCAGACGAGUGGAACGACAAGCUGGUAUGCCAAUGGAGCCACGCAGAGGUGAACCUCAAAUGGUAGGUCGUCCACCCGUUGCCCCUCACCCAAUCAUGGCGCCUGGGAACAUGGUGUACCCGGAAUAUAUGGGAGCAGCUAACCAAAACUUCGGUGUACAGGGAGGAUAUGCGCCUGGAAUGCGAAUGGAUCGCCAGCGCGACGAUGGCCAUGCUCCCAUGGGAGCUCUCGUACCUGGUAUGGGUCGCAUGCAUAUCAACGAGCAGCCCGUUGAGAGACCACCUCCAAGAGAUGAACGUGUUAUUCCCAGGACUUAUAGGCCAGGAACGGGUCCAUAUGAGAGGUACUACGAAGGCCGCUUGUACAACGAGAGAGAUGCGCCUCAGAUGAACGUACCACGUCGACCUUAUAACCCGAUGGAUGCCCCUCAAAUAGACAGGCCUCAGAUGAAUGCGCUGCGUCGGCCUUACAACCCAAUGGAUGCCCCCCAGAUAGACAGGCCUCGCCGUGAAGAGCCAUACAACGCGGUAGACGCUGAAGCCAGGCGCACGAACCAGAAUCGGCUCCUUGCGAUGAAUCGCGAAGCCGCUCGUCUUGCGGCGCACGAUCCUCCCCGACAGCAGGGCAGGAAUCGCCAACGACAUUAUGGAGAUCAUUAUGAUCACCCGAUAUUGGUCGAUUCCGACGAUGAUCUAUACGGUGACGAUUGA